AAGUUUGUGAAGGGUCCGUGUGGCAUCCUACAUCCUGGAAUCUGGCUGUAGUGGAGAGGUGUUGGGCACCAGGGCCCUGCUGUGAUGAACUCUAAAAGACAAAGGAAAAUUAAGUUUCUUAAACUGAUAUUGCACCAAAUGAAAACAGUCAACAUUAGGGAUGGGUAUCAUGAAGAUUUCAUCCUCUGUCCUGCUCUCUCUCUCUGGUGAUGUGAUUUUUUUUUAUUGUAUUUUUAUUUAAUCUUUAUUUUAUCAGGCAGUCUCAUUGAGAUCAAGAUCUCUUUUACAAGAGAGACCUGAGAACAAGGAACAUUCACAAUCAGCAGACAAACCAACACACAACACAACAAACAAACAAAAACAACAAGAUAUAAAAGGAAUUAGCAGAAACAGUUACAACAAUCACAGUAAACAUCAGGCAACAGAGAUUUAAAAUCUCCAAGAUGAAUGAAUAUCUCAAGUUUAAGGGCAGAUUGCAGUUCAUUCCAUUUAAAGGGAGCAUAAUAUCUGAAACCAGUUCUGCCAACAUUAGUGCGUGUAUAUGGAAUAUCUAAGGUUAGAUAGUUACUGGAUCAUGUUCUGUUGUUACUGGAUUUAAAUGAGAGAAGAAAUGUGAGGUAAUUAGGAAGUUUCAGCAGUAGAACUUUGUAGAUGAAUAACAUAAGAUGGAUAUUUCUUCUAGACUGUAAUGAAGUCCAACCAACCUUUUGAUACGAAGUACAAUAAUGAGUGCGAAAAUUGUCAUUAGUAGUGAAGCGUAAUGCACUAUGAUACACAGGGUUUAACUGCUGAAUAGUUGAUGGGGCAGCGUGACAAUACAAGAUGUCCCCAUAAUCAAGGACAGACAUGAAGGUUGACAGUACAAUGAUUUUUCGGUUGGAGGGAGACAAACAGUCUUUGAUCCUGUACAAGAAGCCCAAUUUUAUUUUUAGUUUUUGAUUUAACUGUUGAAUGUGAAUCUUGAAUAUAAAUUGCUGUCAAGCCAAAUUCCUAAGUAUUUGUAUGAGUCAGUGAGAGUAAUGUGGGUGCCAUUUAAGGUCUCGAUGGCAGGAUAGUCAAGAAUCACUAGUGGUGGAAGUGGAGAAUACCAAGUAUUUCGUUUUUUUCUGCAUUUAAAACUAGUCUGUGGCAUCAAAGGCAGUCUGUAGAUGAGUCAGGGCUUGGGAUGGGGUAGAACUGGGGGCAUAUAAGAUACAAUCAUCACCAAAAAAGUGGACAUUAAAAUAUUGAUUUGGGAGAAUUAUGUUAUUAAUGUAUAAUGUAAAUAGCAAUGGUUCAAGGAUAGACCCCUGCGGCACCCCAUUUCUGAUAGUGAGUGGACUUGAUUGAGUACUGUCAGCGACAGUUCUGUCAGUGAGGUUAAGAGUGGAACAAGUUAAGUGAAGAAAUAUCUAAGCCUAUGGACUGUAAUUUAUGAAGUAGAAUUUUAUGAGCAACAGUACCGAAUGCUUUUGAGAGGUCAAUGAAAAGAGCAGCACAAAACUGUUUAUUAUCCAGGGAGGAGACAAUGUUAUCUAUGACUGAAAUUGCAGCUGUAAUUGUGCUGUGACCCGGGCGAAAUCCAGACUGUUGUGGCUGAAGUAAGUUUGAUGAGUCGAUAAAAUAGCGUAGUUGAUAAUUGACCAAUGAUUCCAGGAUUUUUGCUAAGAGGGGAAGUUUGGAUAUUGGACGGUAAUUGUUGAGGUCAGAGAUGUCACCAUUUUUAUGUAGGGGAGUUACAAAUGCGCUUUUCCAAGGAGGUGGAAUGAUGCCAGUCAAAAAGGUUUGGUUAAAAAUGUGAGCUAAAUGUGGACUGAUUAAAUGGGCCGUUAGAUUUAGAAGAUAUGGCUCAAGAUUAUCUGCACCAGCAUUUUUGGAAGCCUUUGACCUACGUAGAGCUUUGAGAACAUCUGUAAUAUUUACUCAAGUAAAAGAAAAUUUAGGGUGAGAAAAGGUUUGUGAAUUAAGGACUCCCUCUGGUGGAUAGUUAUGGCAAGUGUUUACAGUUUGAUUUACAGACAAAUUACUAUAUAAAAGACCAGACGAGAGGAAGUGAUUAUUGAAAGUUUCAACCAUGGAUGAUUUAUCAGAAAUAUGACCAGAUGCUUGUUUGAUUUGUGGAGGGUGAUGAAUUUUUAAGAGAUGCUAUGGUUUUCCAGAAUUUAGCAGUCAUCAGAGGCAGAGAGAGCUGAGAGAUAAUAAUUAGAUUUGGCCUUUCUGAUCAUGCUGGUGCAGAUAUUUCUUUUUUGCCUAAAUAACAACCAGUCUUCAGGGGUGCCGCUGGAUCUAGCCUUGGACCAGGCUUUAUCUCUGCUAGUGAUGACAUUGGAAAGUUGUGGGAAGAACCAGGGACUGUAUCUGUUUUUUAUUCUGUGUUUUUUGUAAGGGGCAUGUCUGUCAGCAAUAAUGUUAAAAGAAUAUGAGAAAUGUUCCAGUGCCUCAGCAGGGUCGGUAAUAGAGAAGAUGUCAUUUAUGUUUGAGAUGGAUAAAUCAUUUAGGAAAUUCUGGAGAUUAAAAUGUUUGUAAUUUCUUGUGGUGAUAUGUUGAGAAUGAGAUUUAGGAAUUUUGGUGUUUCUGAUACAGGCAAUGGGACAGUGAUCACUGAUGUCAAGAGGAAGAACUCCAGAAGCAGGUAGGUGAGAUUGUUCCAAGCGACUCUCUGGAUCUGCCAAACGAAGCUGCCAUGUCGGUGACUGUUCAUGAAAAUCGCAAAUCCCGAACUAGCACAGGCUCCAUGAACAUCUCACUGUUCCACAAGCCUUCACAUCCUGACAGUGUCCUGACCCACCUGAACACAUUGAGAAAACAGUGCAUGUUUACUGAUGUCACUCUGUGGGCAGGGGAUCGCUCCUUCCCAUGCCACAGGGCUGUCUUGGCAGCGUGCAGUUGUUAUUUUGAGGCCAUGUUCAGUGGAGGGCUACGAGAAAGUCUGGACAGUGAUGUCAAUUUCAGAGACAGUAUACACCCUGAGGUCUUGGAGCUCCUGCUGGACUUUGCCUAUUCUUCACGCAUCAUCAUAAACGAGGAGAACGCAGAGUCAUUGUUAGAGGCGGGUGACAUGUUGCAGUUUCAUGACAUUCGGGACGCAGCAGCAGAGUUUUUAGAAAAAAACCUGCACUCAUCAAACUGCCUGGGGAUGAUGCUGUUAUCAGACGCUCAUCAGUGUAAAAGACUGUACGAACUGUCAUGGAGGAUGUGUCUGCUACACUACGAGACGGUCAGAGAAUCAGAAGAUUUCUAUAGCUUGUCUAAAGAUAAAUUGCUGGAGCUGAUUCUCAGCGAUGAGCUCGAAAUAGAAGAUGAACAGGUUGUGUUUAACUCUGUACUGCGGUGGGUCAAAUAUGACUUGGAGGGUCGGCGUCACCAUUUACCAGACCUACUGAGGGGAAUCAGGUUGGCACUUUUGCCGUCUGAGUGUCUGCUCGAGGCUGUAGCCUGUGAGGAGCUCGUUAUGGCUGACAAGAGGAGCAGGUCAAUAGUAGAAGAGGCAAUGCAGUGUAAAAAGAAAAUCCUUCAGAAUGACGGAAUAGUGACUAGUCCAUGUGCUCGACCACGCAAGGCAGGACACACACUGCUUAUCCUGGGAGGCCAGACCUUCAUGUGUGACAAGAUAUACCAGGUUGACCAUAAAGCCAAGGAAAUCAUACCUAAGGCAGACCUCCCCAGCCCCAGGAAAGAGUUCAGCGCAUGUGCCAUUGGCUGUAAGGUUUAUGUCACAGGAGGAAGAGGAUCAGAGAACGGAGUCUCUAAAGAUGUCUGGAUCUAUGACACUGUCCAUGAAGAGUGGUCUAAAGGAGCACCCAUGCUAAUAGCCAGGUUUGGCCACGGUUCAGCUGAGUUGGAGAAUAGCCUCUAUGUUGUUGGAGGUCAUACAGCUAUAGCGGGAGUUUUCCCGGCGUCUCCAUCUGUCUCCCUGAAACAGGUUGAGCGGUAUGACCCUCUCAGUAAUAAAUGGACUAUGAUGGCUCCCCUAAGAGAUGGAGUCAGUAAUGCAGCCGUGGUCAGUGCCAAACUCAAACUCUUUGUUUUUGGAGGGACCACCAUACAUAGAGACAAGGCCUCCAAGGUCCAAUGCUAUGACCCUGUGGGGAACCGCUGGAAUAUUGCAGCUGAGUGCCCCCAGCCUUGGCGCUACACAGCGGCUGCUGUCUUAGGGAGCCAGAUCUUCAUUAUGGGUGGUGACACUGAAUUCACUGCUGCCUCUGCUUAUCGCUUUGACUGUGAAACCAAUCAGUGGACUCGGGUGGGCGACAUGACAUCCAAACGGAUGAGUUGCCAUGCCGUGGCCUCAGGAAAUAAACUGUAUGUGGUCGGAGGUUAUUUUGGGACGCAGAGGUGUAAAACAUUGGACUGUUAUGACCCCACAUCAGAUAGUUGGAGCUCCAUCACUACUGUGCCUUAUUCACUGAUCCCCACUGCCUUUGUCAGCACAUGGAAGCACCUACCUGCCUAAACUGGGAGACACCAGGAGCCUGUAAUUCCAGGUGUCAAUGUCCACUGAGAAAGGACUCAGACUGGAGGAGAAUUUCGGAGACUCCACCCUGUAGUCAGCAGCUGGCUUAGGCUGUAGCUCCACACAGGGUCCUGUGGAAUUCUUGAAUCCUUAAAAAAAAACAAGCUGCACCUAAGUCCUUAGAGGUGUGGUUAACAAGCAGACAGUACAGCAGACAGGUCUUAACACACAAAGAGAGAAUUACUCUGCAUAUGAUGCUUCCUAAAUAAUGUGAUACUCCUAUAUCUGGCACUUUGAUGAAUCUGACUGCUGGAUAUCCACUUUUUUUAACUGAAGGAGUCACUGAUUGACUCAUACAAAACUAUGAGUGUUUUUUUUGUUUUGUUUUUGUUUUUUGUUUUGUUUGGUUUUGUUUUUUUCUUGAGGGGUCAUGGUGGUGGUUUCCCUUAAAGAUUCACAACAUAAAGUUAGCCUUUAUUCAAAUGAUAUACUAUUUUUACAAGACUCCUGUGUGUCAUCACAAGAAACGUUCAGUCUCAUUAGCAAAAUCUCCAUGAUCUCAAACUAUACAAGAACUAGUGUAAACAAAAGUCAGACUUACCUUUCUUUAGAUUUACAGUGUACAACAAGAGAAUUUUUGGCUUCUCAGCAUUUGCUUGGAAACAUUUUUUUUUUUAAAUUUGGGAUGUGUAAAUUAACUAUUUUCAAUUGAAUACUGAAUGUUAUUUAUAGUUCCAGGUUUUAUUUGUCUGGUGUUGCCAUUGCACAGCUCUGCUGUCACAACAGAAAUGUAUAAAAAAUAUAUUGUUGACAGAAUAACAGCUGUAUACACUGAUCACCCAAAACAUUCCAACCACUAACAGCUGAUGUGAAUAACAUUGAUCAUCUUGUUACAAUCCAAUGUUCUGCUGGUAAACCUUUGGUCCUGGUAUUCAUGUGGAUGCUACUCGACAUGCUUCACCUACCCAAACACAGUUGCAGACUAAGUACACCCCCUAACGUUACUCCCUGGGGGUGGGGGUGGUUCUUAGUCUGCAGUGGUGUUCAGGUGGGGGUAGCACGUGUGUAUAGAGCUUGAAAAACACAGUAAUGAAAAAGAUGUAAUUGUUAAACCUAAACAUGAAUACAAAUGUGUGCUGAUUUAGUUAUUUUGACCAAAAGGUGAUUCAUUACAAAUACUCCCUACUCUGCUCACUUUAUGGGGUGUGUGAAUUGACUUUCUAAAAGUCAAAACAGUUCAGUUCCGUUCAGUUCAGAAAACUUUAUUUAUCCCAUGUGGGCAAUUCAGUUUACAGCUCCCAGUUCAAUAAAUAAAAGCACAAACAAAUACAACAGUCAUUCAUUAGACAUACAACUUUUAUCACUCAACCCUCAAUUGUCAGUGGAUCAGUUGAACUAAUGGUUUCCCAGCAGCGAUACCUUGUACAUGUGCAAAUAUGCGUACAUAAGUAUUCGAUCAAUAAAAAAGAAUGAAUAAAUGGGAUAGAGAGUAAAUAAAUAAAGUAACAAAGCACAAACCUACUCAUUAAAAUUCGCAUUCAUCAGCCUGAUAACUGAAGGGAUAAAAGAGUUUGAGUAGCGAUUUGUCUUCCUCAGGGGUGCAUAGUAGCACCGCCCUGAGGGCAUUAAAUUAAAUCUACUGGACAGUCCUUAAAGCGGCCAUUGUUGUGUGGUUCAGAGUGACAUGACAUGAGCAGCAUGUCAGACGGACUGUCAUUCAUUUAUUCACUGCUUAGUACAGGAAAUUCUGUAGAGCAAAAUAUGUAGUGUCAGAUCAAUGGAGUCCACUGCGUAGGGUGUAAUACAUUAUAAUUCUCACUAAACAUUCAGACAACACUACAAGACAGCAAACACACUAUGUAGUAGGGCUGCACUAUAUCAGGAAAACAUGCAAUAUGCAAUUACAUUGUUGAAUAUUGCAAUGACGAUAUGACUCACAACAAAUAAACAGAUUUGAAAUAUGUCUUUCUGCUUUAGGUUGGAGCAGCUAAUAUCAAUCCCAGACAAUGAAUAGUCAGUGCACACUGAAUUAAAAAAAAUAAAAUGCAGUGAUAUUGAUAGAUUUCAAUGUUGUGAAUGGGUUCCCAAUAAAAUUAGUGUUUUUAUACAAACUGUAGUGUUAAACUGGAGUUUGAUGUUGAAGUUGAAUAAAAUCCCAAAUAUAAUAACUUUAUGUAAAUAAACACAGACUGUAUAUGUAUCUGUAUAUACAGUCUAUGAGCAAAACAUUAUACAAAUGUCACAUAAUGAGCUAAGAGCACCAAAAUCAUCUACCCAGUAUAAGGCGUAUAACGUGAGUUUUUAUGUUUUCUUUUCACUUACUGAGACGUUGAACAAAACCGUAAACUACAACAGAAUUGGUCUUGCAUGAGAUGUAAGAUUUAUACAGUAUGAAAAUGGUGGCCACCACUGAAAAUCUUUUUUUCAACAGCGUGUGCUCCCUGGAAUGUAAAACAUCAUAGGGUUAUCAUCAAUAUGAGUCAAUACAAUAUUGACAACCACAUUAUCAUAAUGUAGCAUUAUCAGGGAAAAACUAGCAUCCCCUGGACGGUAAAAUAACAUCAUCACUGACAUGGGUGAUUACGGGAUUUGCUGUCACAGCAGACAUAGGAUAACAGGAAUGUCUGUAGUAAUAUCCUACAUAUCCGUGAAUUUGGGUGUAUUUUAUGAACCUUAAAAUACACGGUUAUUAUCUAGCGGCGGUCCCCAGGAACAUCUGUGCUGCUUCGCUGUCAUUACAAGGAAACCACGGUGCACCGAGCCUCAGAGAACCGGGGAUGACAACAGGUGAGCAGGUGGACAGUUGUCAGAUUUGUGCAGAGCAAAAGAACAAAUGCACUGACACAUCAUGGACAGUAUGAUGAUAACAUCCAAAACACAAGUGACAUGAGAAAUACUUUUAAAACGUGUAAAAACAUGUAAAUCUACUGUUUAUUACAAUACCUUUAUCGGGUUUGUUGAUAAUCGCGAUGAAGGAAAACUUUAAUAAUAUUGUGCAGCCCUACUAUGUAUUAGGCUACAAGUGAACAUUUCUGAUCAACAGUGAUGUUAAACAUGUCAGCUGUUUGUCAGACUGUUGACAAGCAAACGUUUUGAAAACACGAACUCAGCACAUUUCAGAAAAAUGAAAAAAAUUAACAUGUCCUCAAUACUGAUAAAAGUCUUAACUUGAAGGAUGCAUUAAAUAGAAGACAGCUGGUUUGUCCUGUCACACCUGUAAAAAUUAGUAAUACUGAAAGUGUGACUGAAGAACAAAUGUUUGCUCUUUCAUUUAAAUUGAACUCAAAUGACCAAAGUUUGCUCUGGGUCAGUUGGAUCUCAUGCCCCAAAUCAGUGUUUGACUCUGUCAGCUAAAGUGCCAAAACAGAAACCACACUGUAUUUAAUCAAGAGUAUGAUGAAUCCUACUUAAAACCAUAGUGUCUAUAUAGUCUUUUCACUUAAUGUCUUUCUUUUGAGUGAUGAUGCUGCACUCAGUACAGGGCCAAAUAACUUUCUUGUGAGGACACGAUAACAGAUGUCUGUGCCCAAAAACCUUUUAAAUGACAGACAAAUACUUUUGCCUUUACCAAGGGUCAGAGAGACCUUUGCUGAGCUCCAAAACAUUUUCCAGUCAUUUCUUUCAAUGCUUUUAUGUCCCAAAAUGAUGUAAAAGUACAGGAAACACAUUUGUUAGCAUGAUCUAUUGAUUUAAUUAAAAUGCACAUUUGACUGUCUGACAUCUCAAUUUGCACAUGCACUCCUUUGUAUUUCCAGUAGCAUGUUUCAGUGUUGAAGGAACAUGUGGGAGUAAAAUAGCAACACUAGAGGUGUGGCACUGGGAUGUUGGUGACACAUCAGUCAUACGGAACAUCUUUGAUUUCAGACAUCAUACUAUUUCUGUUUUUAGUAGGACACAUAUGAGAAGCACACAACAGCCUCAUGUACACUGUGUCCUACAGACACCACCCCUAUCCCAUAAGCUGUUUAAAUAUACUGAGCAAAAAAUUAAAAGUAACAGUUUUCCUUUUGUUCCCAUUUUUUCACAGGUUUAAGUUAAAGAUCAAAGACUUUUUCAUGCGCUCAGUGGAUAUAUUUCUCUCAAAUUUUGUUCAUAAAUUUGUUAAAAUCCAUGUAAGUGAGCACUUUUCCUUUUCUAAAAUAAUCAAUCCACCUGACAGUUGUGUCAUAUCAAGAUACUGAUUAAACAGCAUCAUUAGUACACAGGUGUGCCUCAGGAUGGUCACAAUAAAAGGACGCUCAAAAAUGUACAGUUUGAUCACACAACAUGAUGCCACAGAUGCCACAAGUUUUGAUGGAGCGUGCCAUUGGCACGCUGACUGCAGGAAUGUCCACCAGAGCUGUUGCCUGCGAACUGAAUGUUCAUUUCACUGCCAUAAAUUGUCUCCAAUGAUGUUUCCCUAAAUGUGGCAGUACAUCCAUCCAACCAGCCAUGCAAUUGCACAGGUUAGUUACAAUAUCAAACUGCUGUCAGGUCAAGACCCUGGUAAGGAUGAUGAGCAUGCAGAUGGGCUUCCCUGAGAUGGUUUUUGAUGGUUUGUGCAGACAUUCUUCAGUUGUGCAAACAAAUUGUUGCUUCAGCUGUUUGGGUGGCUGCUCUCAGAUAAUCUUGCAGGUGAAGACAUAUGAAGGUCUUGAGCUAGUGUGGUUACAUGUGGUCUGUGAGUGUAAGGGUGUUUGGAUGAUCAAUUUACUACCAUAUGCCAUCUCCAAUGCAGUUACCCUGAAUUUGGCAGUACAUCCAAGCAGCUUUACAACCUAAGACACACAAGCUAAGGACCUCCAAAUUCAGCAUCUUUACCUGUAAGAUAGUGUGAGAGCAGCCACCUGAACAGCUGAAGCAACAAAUGGUUAACACAACAGAUGAAUUUAGCUCAAACUGUCAGAAACCAUUUCAGGAAAGCUCAUCUGCAUGCUCAUCAUCCUCACCUGGGUCUUGACCUGACAGCAGUUAGUCAUUGUAACUGACUUCAAUCAAUUUUAUUUAUAAAGCCCAAUAUCACAAAUCACAAUUUGCCUCACAGGGCUUUACAGCAUACGACAUCCCUCUGUCCUUAUGACCCUCGCAGCGGAUAAGGAAAAACUCCCCAAAAAAAAACCUUUAACAGGGGAAAAAAACGGUAGUGAUUGUGAGGCUGGUUUGAUGUUCUGCCAAAUUCAGGGAAAUGACACUGGAGCUGGCUUAUGGUAGUGAAAUGAGCAUAAAGAUUAGGGGCAAAAGUUAUGGUGAACAUUCCUGCAGUCAGCAGGCCAACUGCAGGCUCCAUCAAAACUUGGAACAUCUGUGCCUAUUGUGUUGUGUGAUCAAACUUAGAGUGUCCUUUUUCCCCUGUAACACCUGUGCACUUCUGAUAUUUAUCAAUGCAGUCAUUAGUUGUCAGGUGUCUGUCUGACAGGUGCAAACUAUUUUCUACAUGCUGGAGAUUACACCAGCUGACAAAACAGACAAAAGAAAUGGCACAAAUAUUCUAGCAGGAUUUUUGCAGGACACAGAUGCAUCAUGGCAGAGAGGCUGGCUGGUGUUGUAAGUCCUGUGCACUUGUCCCCUGUCCAACUGUUAAUAAAGCUGCCAUGAGGAGACUGCAAACUGGUGGAGUGUAUAAAUCUCUGACUUUAACUUGCCUCAAGUUAAAUUAGUCUCUGCAGUUGGAUUUCAGGAAGAUGUUCCAAAAUACUUUUAAUCUGUUCUUUAGAGUUUGAAGAAGUGAGAAGGGAUGUGUUUUUGAAAGAACUGAGGAUUUUUUUAAAUGAUUUUGAAAAACUAAAGACAAUUUUGUGAGAAUAAAAAAGUUUGAUAUUGUGUGUUUUUAUUGGUGAAAAUAAACACUUUUUAAACUGCA